CAGUGUCGGCCGCUGGCGUUGGAAGCGACGAGAUAAGCGCGACGGACAAGGUAUCACUGCAACGCUGGCGUCGGCGGCGGCGGCGGCGGCGGCGGCGGCGGUGAGCGCCGGCACGCGGUGCGUGCGGGGUGUCGGCGCGGCAUGACGUGGAGGCGAGCGCUGUCGGUGGCGCUGGCGCUGGCCCUGGCCCUGCCGCUGCUGCUCGUCGUCUACGACCGGCCCCUCCAGCUGAUGCCGUGGCGCAAGCGCAGCGCGCAGCCCGAGGCGGCGGAGCGCCGCUCCAACCCAGGACCAGCCCUUGCAGCCCUCGGAAGAGGCAAAGGCGACGGCGACGGCGACGGCGUCGACCUCUUCAAAGGAGAGCCCCUCCUCGGGGAGGAACACAUUUUUUUUGUGGAGACGUCGUGCGCGCUCGACAAGCCACAGCACGUCCCCUACGACUCCGAUUAUGCGUGCGCAGAGUCCGGGCUACGGCUGUCCCCGCGCGGCGCGUGUGCUGUGGAGGCGGCGGCAUCAGCCCACCCCACCCACCGCGUGUACUUGGUGCACACGUGCGACGUGCAGAGGCGCUCGCUGGCGAAGGGCGCGGCGCCCGCCUACGCGCUGGCCGCCCUUUCGAUCCCCAACGUGCGCCUGUGGGCCGUGCCCUACGCGCUCCACUUCGUCGGCACGCCGCUCCAGGGCUGGUUGGCGAGCGGCGCGCUGCGGGCGAGUCGCUGGCCUGUAGUGCACGCUAGUGACGUUCUGCGAUUCCUACUGCUCUGGAAGUAUGGCGGCACGUACCUCGACCUCGACGUCCUCAUGCUACGAUCUUUGGGAGAGGAAAAGAACUUCGGUUGCGCGGAGUCACCAGCCGCCGUGUCUGUGGGCGCCUUUAACUUCGCCUUGGACGAUCCGGGCCGGCGCGUGGCCAAUGCUUGCAUUGCAGAAUUACUCGACUACCGUCCCGAUCUGUGGUCUUACAACGGGCCGGGGGCAAUCACACGUGCUUUGAAAAAAGUUUGCAAUGUUCAAGAGGUCCUCGAAAUGACAGAAGAAAUGUGUGGAGGCUUUCGUCUUCUGUCCACCUCAACUUUCUACGCAAUUCCAUGGCAGAAUUGGAAUUUAUUCUUUACAGAAGAAAGUUCAGAAGAAACAAUGAUGAUGAUUGGUAAAAACUUAGCUGUUCAUGUUUGGAAUGCACUAAGUCAUAAUACUACUGUUUACACUUCAUCAGAGCAGCCUUAUGCCCAAAUUGCACGCAGAGUGUGUCCCAACGUUGUUGCAGCUGUGGGUGACACGAUGUAGAACACAACUCCUGGGAGUACUUAUCUGUGAUAUAUACUGUGCCAUUUCAAGGGAUAUGUGUUUAUGCAAAAUAACAGGUGGUGAGCGAUUAAGAGUUGCAGGAUUUUGAUCAUUUUAAUGUACAUUUCAAAAUUUGUUUUACUCGUAUAACAAAAUCUUAUUUAGUUUACUGAAGAUCAUCCUAAUACCUAUUUGAAUUUUUGAUCUCCAAAGCUCACUCAAGUAUUACUUUUCAAAGCUGCAGAAGAAACUUACUUAAGUAAUUUAUGCUUUUGUUGAUUACACAAUAGUUGUUUAAAAAUGUGUGUUCGAAUUGGCAUUACAAUGUCAACACAAUUUUGUCCAAAUUCAAAUCCUGCAAUUAUUAUUUCCUACAAAGAAUAUUCAAGGGACCAAUGGAAGAAGAAGGUUCAACUUUUAUAGCAAUUUGUUGUUGGUUUCUUCAAAUCCAUGUACUUUUUUAAUAGCUGUGAGGCACGUACUAAGCAAAAUGAAUAAUGUACCUUUUUUAAUUAUUAGUGAAGAGACGAAUUGACGUGGAAUUUCCUUUGAAAGAAAUCAUGCUUGUAAUGAUAAUUUACUUGCGGUUAAAUUCUAGUCUUCAUAAAAAAUAUGAUGUUUUAUUAAUUAUGUUAUGAAUCUUCAUGUAAAGUGUGGUUUAGAGGUACAUAUGUUAUUUCAUAGUAUUCGGUUUGGGUUGAAAGAACUUAAACGAUAGUCCUUUUUGGGGUGUCAUUGUAAUUACAAUGAACCUGUAAAUCAAAAUUGAUUACCAAAAUAUUUAAAUAAUUCUACAUUUGUAUAUGAUAUUUAUUACUAGUAGAAAUAUUAUAUAAAAUUAAUAAAUAUAUUUGUAUUUGUUUAGUUAAUAUUUAGUACUUCUAAUUGUAGUGAAGAAACUGCAAUAUGGAAUGAAGUUAAUGUCAUCAUUAAGUUAAUUUAUCUCUUCAGUUCCUAUCAUAAAUGUAAUGCUAUUCUUGAUCAAAUAACCCAAUAAAACAGGAGGCACGUGUGAGAAUCUCAGGCAGAAGAUUUGGAUUUAAUUUCGAGUGUGCCUUUGUAAUUUCGUCAUAAUUUAAUUCAUGAUGAAAUGUCAAAUAAACAUUGUAGAUCAGUCCAAUAGUAUUUUUCUUUUAUCUGAUUUUGUUGUUUAUUUAGUUAAGAUAAUUUCAGACACGCUGUACUGCAAUUCUAUGUAUGUGUCCAAUGUCUGUGUACACAUCACAAAAACACUUUUGUGAAUUAAAUUUCUGGAAAACCUAGAUAGAUGUUAAAUUCACACGAAAUUCAGUUGCAUAAAACUAUUCAAUAUUGUUUAUGCAUUUCAAUUGGAUUUUCUUGUUAUACUUUUCAAAUAUAUAAUAAUAAAAGGAUUAAAAUAAUGAUACAUUGUUACAAGGAUUAUGAAUAUGAACAAGUUAGAGAAAAAUAUACAUUCUCAAUAACAUAAGGAAGAUGAAGUGUGGAAAUUCUAUUCAGUCAAGAAAUUUCUUGUCUAUUGGCAAGUAGGCUUAAAGCUAGAUGAUUGGGAUGCAUUGCCAGAAGUUGGUGAUAUUUUGAGCAAAUGCCUUGUAUCUUUUCUUGAACUGUUGCUAUAUUAAGGUCUCGGUGUAGCGCAGUAUUUAUUAUGAACCAGCGUGCAGAUUAAAUUAUUUUUAAAAGUUUAGAUUGAAAUCUUUGUAGAAUUGACAAAUUAGUUUUGCUGGCAGUGCUCUAGAUCAGAAUUCCAUGUGUCCAUACAGGAACUAGAAUGGUUUUAUAAUUUAUUUUCAAGCUAUAAUUUUGAUUUGUGUUUAAUAAGCCGAAAUACUUUUAUUGGUUGUAACUGUAACUGUUGUUUUUUGUUUCAAUGUGUUUUUUCACGUGAGUCGUCUGUCCAUAUAAAUUUCUAAAUAUUUCAUUCUCUCAGUUUGUGGUAUUUGGUUUUUGUGUAUCAAGGAGGGCAAGUCUCUUUAGUAAGUGUAAAUGUUUUUAAAUGCUGAUUUACUUUCAUUUAUCUUGGAUCUCUACUUGCUGUACCAUUCAAGUGCAGAAAGUUGGUCUGGACGUUUUUUAUGAUUCUUGAAAAUCAUUGUCAGAAGCAAAUAUAGCUGUAUUAUCUGCAAAAUUGGCAAUAAUUGUGUUUUCAAACUUCGGAAUACCUGCUGUAUAUAACAAAUACAGUACUGGUCCAAGAACACUUCCUUGAGACACUCCGGAUGUUAUAGGAAGGAGGUCUGAUAUUUGAUUUGAGAGAUAUGAUUUGAAAAUAUCGAAAAGUGAGUGGGGUAGGUAGCGCUUAAGUUCAUGCAGGAGGGCCUUGUGCCAUACCUUGUCAAAGGCCUGAAAGAUAUCAAGGAAAGCAGUAGAACAACAUCGUUUAUUUUGAAUGUUGCUUUCUAUAUAGGACGUUAUCCUUUUUACUUGCUCUAUGAUAGUGUUGCUGACAAAAUUCAAAUUGAUGUCCGAUGUCGCUGUAGCGUGAUAAGUAAGGACGUAGUCUUGUUAAAAGCAAUUUCUCAAAUACUUUGGACAGAAUUGUAUAAACAGAAGACUAAUAGGACGAUAAGACGAAGCUUCGUGAGGAGAUUUACCACGUUUUAGGAAUGCUACUAUUUGGGCUACUUUUUACUGAAUGGGAUAAUGUCCAAUGCGAAUAAUACUAUUGAAGAGCGCUGUGAUAAAUGCAGUUCCUUUGCGAGGUAGUUAUUUUAGUAACUGAUAAGAUCAAAGCUAGGAUCUUUCUUGCAGGAAUGGUCAUUAUCACAUUCAGUAUGUCUCAAGAGUGAAGAAUUUUAUAGUAAGUGCCAAUUGUGUUGGUGAGUUUAGGUAUUCUUGAAUUUCCUUGUCUUCAUUAUUCGCAGGUGGGAUGCUUUGCAAACUUUCACAAAAUAUUGUCCAAAAACUACAAAAAAAUUGUGUAGCACUUCUUCCCCAUUUCAUAUGUUUGUCUCUAAUUGGUGAUUGGGAUUUUCACGGUUGUUUUAGAUUAGAUUUCUCGUAGCUUUAAAUAGAGAAUAAUCAGAAGCCUCUGUUGGUGAGAGGCUAGAGAUGUAAUCUUGAAAUUUACUGUUUUUACAGUUUUUUAAUUGUCUUGUAGCACUAUUGUAGUUUGUUUCCUCUAGUGGAUAACUUGAACUUUGCCAUAUUCUUCUUAACCGCCUUUUCUCCGAGAUUUUGUAGAUAGUUUGCUUCGGAAACUUAGUACAGAUUUUAAGAAAGAUUUCUUGUUGCGGAGCAGGACACACAUCAUUCUGAAUGCUUUGCGUGAAGUACUCAAUGGCUCUGUCAAUGUCAUCUGCAGGUUUUAACGGCACCCGAAUUCUGGUGUUUUGGUUUAUCCAUCGUUGGUAUUCACGCAAGUUAAGUGUUUUUUUAGUGAGAACAACAGGAGCGGGGUGCAGAAGUAAUUCAGUACUAACAGCGACU